AUGUCUGACCAGUGCGCUGUUGGUCCUGACGGCCAUCUAAAAGAUGCUUCCAAAAUCGUAUGGCACAAUGACCCGGACGACGAGGAGCCUAUAUCUGCCCCUGGUCCCAUUGCAGCAAGUUCUACUCCUCCAGUGCACCAUUUCUUUACUGGUGCUCAAUGUUCAGCCUGGAGCAAGCGCAAGGCCGCUGAUGGUCCAGGGACCAGACAGCGAGUUGCACGCAAGGUCAUUUCAGCUUCUAGUGCUUCUAGUGAUGAUGGGGGCAAUGCCGACGCCAUUGAAACUGACUUGGAGGAUGAUGCCGAUUGCACAGAGGAUGGUGCGGAGGCUUCAUAUGCACAAACUAAAGCUAUGGUGGAUGCGGACCCACUCGAUCCUAAUGUGAAGCUCACAUACGCUGAACAUCAAUGGGAGAAAGAAUUGUUUGAUGUUGGCCUCAAAAUCUUUGAACAAGUUGAACCUGUUGGACAUGGCCAAUAUGGCCGUUCAUGGGUCCUUGCUGCUGUGCAAGCCCGUCAAGUGUCUGAUCGUGUGCAGGCUAAGCCUUGUGCUGAACUUACAGCAUACCUUCAGAGUCCCCUUGAGCAAACUGAAGACAUUCUACAUUUAAACAUUUUGACAUUUUUUUUGGGUCCGGUUCUCGGUUCGAACCUCUACUGA